AUGAUUUGCAAGGGCUUCCCCGUGGGGGAUGGUGAAGAAAGUUUGAAGGAGAAAGCAACCAAGAUAGGAAUUAUCGAAGUUCUCGACUGCACUUGGCACUGGGCAAUGAACAAGAGUACCUACCUGGUUAAUGCCCCAUGGCGUCUUUCGCCCGAAGCCUUGCAACAGCUGGCCAGGCAAUUGGCACCCACGGGGACCGCUGACUAUGAUGCCCUGAUGAUCCUGUCUAUGGUAGCUGCUACCUACCUAUCUCGCGGUAUACUUUGGGAUCAGCCCGUUCCCUACCGGCACCUGCUCUAUGAGCGUCCUCAGUUGAAGAUGGGCGGUGCAUCUGGUGCCCAUGCUCAUCAAGAGACGCGCAACAUUGCCCAGAAGCUCGUUGAGGCAGAGAAGAAUAUUGUCAUCUGUUGGGGCUCCCAGUCCGGCACUGAAGAGGGAUUUGCCCAUCGACUAGCACGCGAGAUUGGCUUGCGCUUUCAGCAAACCAUCAUGACAGCAGAUCUGUCGGAUUACGACCCAGACUCGAUCUGUGCCAUCCCAGAGACCAAGUUAGCCAUAUUUCUCCUAUCCAGAUAUGGAGGGGGCGACCCUAGCGACAACACAGCCGAAUUCUGGGACUGGGUUCAGAAGGCCCCCGAGGGGUCAUUGACCAAUCUCCGCUACUGCGCCUUCGGUCUGGGCAACAGCAACUAUAAAUUCUACAAUCGAGUUGUUGAUGUGGUUGUCCAGGCUCUGGACCAGCGAGGUGCCCAUGCUUUACUACCCGUAGGCAAAGCUAACGAUGCUGAAGGUACCACACAAGAGGACUUCAUCGACUGGAAGGAUGAUCUCUUCGCCGCCUGCCGCGCUGAAUUGAGCUUUGAAGAAGGCGAGGCUCAGUACUUACCCACAUUGGCGGUGGAUGAAGACGAGUCAUUGGAGUUGAUAGAUCUCCAUCACGGUGUACCCGAUCCUCGCGAUGCUUCAGGAAAGGUCUCUACUCAGUGCUCGCCGGUACGCGCUGUCCCUAUAUCCAGCGCCCGCCAGCUCUUCUCGACACCGGACCGUCACUGUUUGCAUCUAGACCUAGACCUUACUUGUCAACCUGAGUUAACAUACAAAACAGACGAUCAUCUGGCCAUCUGGCCCGGUAACUCUGACGCCGAGGUCGAGCGUCUGCUACAGGUUCUGGGCCGCGCGGACCGGCGCGAGGUGCCAAUCGUAAUCCGAUCGGUAGAUGCAGCCACCAAGGUGAAGAUCCCCACGCCAACGACCCCGGCUGCGCUUUUCCGAUAUUACCUCGAGAUUGGCGCGCCUGUCAACCGCGAUCAAGCGUUUCUGCUUCGCCUUGGUCAAAACAAGGCUGCAUACGCCGACUUCCUGCGUCGCACCCAUGUCAACCUAGGUCGCCUUCUUCAGCUGGCCGUUCCCGACCAGACCUGGACGCAGCUCCCCUUGUCAUAUCGUGUCGAAACAAUGGCCUCUAUCCAGCCCCGUUAUUACUCCAUCUCCUCAAGCAGUGUCCUCUCUCCACGCAAACCCUCCAUCACUGUCCUGGUCGCUUCCAAUUCCGUCCCUGAGAAUUCCGCAAAGCUCAUUCACGGCGUCACCUCCAACUAUCUCCUCGCUUUAGCUGAGCACCGUCGCGAUGCCACAAGUGGUGCCCAUCCUCGUGGCCUUACCUACUACCUUCCCGGUCCCAGCGACGCGCUCGCGGGCGGUCAAGUUCUCGCACACCUUCGCAAAAGCAAAUUCAAGCUGCCUCGCCUAGCCAGCUCCCCGCUCAUCAUGGUCGCUGCAGGCACGGGCUUAGCCCCCUUCCGCGCCUUAAUUGCUGAGCGCCGCCAACUGCAGCAGGUCGGCCGCGACAUCGGGGAAAUGAUCCUUAUCUUCGGCUGCCGGCGCCCGGAUGAGGAUUCCAUCUAUCGCGAAGAACUGGAAGCUCUGCAGUCAACACUGGGUGACCGUCUCCGCAUCGUGACGGCUUUCUCCCGCGAAGACGUAAUCAGGCUGAUUGAGGAAGGCGCGAACGUGUAUAUUUGUGAACGGGCAGGGAUGGCUCGCGAGGUGGAAAAGACAGUUGGUCGCGCAAUGCGGAAGACGAAGGGCAGGAAUGAUGGCGAGGGGAACGAUUGGAGUAAGGCUUUUAAAAGGAAAGGGAAAUGGCAAGAGGAUGUUUGGGGCUAG